AGUGGUAUGAGAUUACGUUGGCAGUACCGCCCAGAAGUCGGGUAUGAGAACUAUUCGUGUCACUGCCUUGUAACCCUGGUGUCCAUACUAUGCAACUAACCUAUGAAUAAUAAAUCUCUCUCUGGAGUGUUCCCUUUGGUCAUUGAGUCUGAGUCUUUGUUCCUGUGAUCCCAAAUAUUCGAGAACAACUAUUCUGUUCAAGAAUAGAACAUGGCGCAGUCGUAAUCGAAUCUUAACAAGUGCUCUGUCAUUGUGAGUAAUAAAUUCUUGAUCGGGAGAUUGAGAAAAGUGAAAAAAUCAGUCUGGUUAAACCGGUGGUCUGGUCUCGCUACUUGCUUUGUGGCUUGGUGGUGGUGAAUUCUGCUGAAAAUGGGUGAUAAUCAUCUAAAAAGCCCUGGGCCUGUCAAUUUAAAGUCAGGUAAUAUUCAGAAGUCAUGGGAAACUUUCAAGCAGAAGUUUGGAUUCUUCUUAACCGCAAUUGGAAAGGCUAAAGCGGCGUCGGAUGUUCGAUGCGCACUCCUGAUGGGAGAGGCCGGGGAUGAAGCUUUGGAGGUUUAUAAUGCCUUUAAAGAUAAGCUGAUAUCCAAAACAACCAACGAUCAAGGAGAGGAGGUCAUUGAACAUGACUAUACAAACAACUAUGACAAGGUUGUUGAGCAGUUUGACCUCUAUGCGGCGGAGAAAAAAUGCAUUACGGGUUGUCGUGAACUGUUUAAUGCGCGAAAUCAAAAAAAAGAGGAAACGUUUUCCAACUGGCUAACAGAUUUGCGAAACUUGGUGAAAGACUGUGAGUACGCAACUAUUGUUGAUAGUAUGCUGAAGGACAGAAUUAUAUGGGGUGUCUGGGACAAGAGGUUAAGAGACACUCUGAGAUCCAAGUCAAAUCAGAGUUUAUCUGAUAUUAUUGAUCUGUGCAAGGCAGUUGAAGCUACGGCACGAUAUCCGAAGUUGAAUGGUGAUAACGAUAAUGCCCAAAAUGUCGAGGCUAUCCAGUCAUUCAACAAAAACCGUAGCAAGAAUGGCAUUCCCUCUCAACCCUACCAAAAGAACAAAGGUGAAAAGAAAGUGACCAUUAACCCUAACCCUACUGUUCGUGCUGUUUCUGUUCCAGCAGCUCAAGGAUUGAUGACAUUUGAGUCACGACAAACAACAAGAUUUGGUCGGAAGAUCCUAAAACCACAUCGUUAUGAUGGGAGCUGUUAAUAAAUAUUAUUCAUGUAAUCAAAUAUAUUACUCUGUAUUUUUAUAUCAAAUAUAAUCAACUUUUGUAUUCUGCUAUGUGUUUGUUUACUUUCAACGUAGAAAGUGUUGCCAACUGAAUACUUUAGUGUCUCGAAGGGGGAGGUGUUGUAGUGGUAUGAGAUUACGUUGGCAGUACCGCCCAGAAGUCGGGUAUGAGAACUAUUCGUGUCACUGCCUUGUAACCCUGGUGUCCAUACUAUGCAACUAACCUAUGAAUAAUAAAUCUCUCUCUGGAGUGUUCCCUUUGGUCA